AUGAACCAUAACGACGCGCCAACAAUGCAAUCCUAUCCAUCUCCUAACGCGACUGCUGCUGAUAGUAGUGGUGGACCUUUCUAUGGACCAAAUUCCUCGAAUCCACAUCCCAAUCAACAUCAGCAACAUCUACCCACUCCCGAUGAGCUGCAACUUGCAGAACAAUUAUCUGCCGAUGCUCAAUUAUCACGUAGUAUACAGCCAAACAUGGGAACCAAUCGUGGAAUGAGCGAAAAUCCAGAUUCUCGAGGUCAAGGAAAUGUCAACAUGAACCAUCAAUACCAACCAGAUCAUCAAAUGCAUGGAGGUCAUACACCUAUGAAUCAUGGACUUAUGGAAGUGGGUCCUCAAUAUGAGGAUGAUUCAAUAUCUCCAGCUGGAAGAAAGAGAUCAAAGGUAUCAAGAGCUUGUGAUGAAUGUCGGAGAAAGAAAAUCAGAUGCAAUGCCAAUGAGCCAGGAAAUGAAGAUAUAUGCUCAAACUGUAAGAGAGUUGGUGUUCAUUGUCAAUUUAGCAGGCAACCUAUGAAACGUGGACCAAGUAAAGGCUACAUUAAAGAGCUUGCUGAUCGGAUCAAUACAUUGGAAGGUCAAGUGCAAGGAAGUGAGAUGCCUCAAUAUCAACAGUCACAAGAUAUUUUACAAAGAAGACCUUCCGAAGAGUUUUCUCCGACUCCGAACCCUGAGCAACUUCCCCGCAAGCGCGGUUAUUCUUCAAUUUCCGGGGUCGGCGAAUUUAAUUCUCCGUAUCAGAAUCAACCACAGAGGUCAGCUUCCAAUUGGAUCCCUCAAGAACAGCCGCGUUCUUCAAUUCCAAAUUCAUCAUAUCCUACCAGUGCAUCACUACCUGGUACCACUCAACUACCUACCAGAGAGCAGAACUACUCGCCAAACAUGACAGUACCUCAGCAGAAGUGGGUGAACGCGCCUGAUGUUAGUGGUUCUGUUGAAGCAGUAAAUCAUACCUCCCAACCUCAUACUGAAGAUCCUGUGGACUAUAUUGACGAUUCUCUUCUUGAAAAUUAUUACAAAUUCAUACACCCAACUUAUCCUAUACUAUCCCUCACUAAAGCCAGGUUAAUUUCUCGGCUUUCUGCUUGUCCUACUCCUGUCAGGCAUGCUUUUUGGGAGGCGCUAUAUGCUGCAAUCAGAUUAUUUCCAACCGCAGUUUCCCUCAAGCCACGAGGUAUCACAAACGCUGUCAGACUCAUUCACACAGUUCAAUAUGAUUCGCAAACCAUCCAUUCCCCUACUACUAUGAUCGCAUACCUUCAAAUAAUGAUGCUGCUUUCAAUUGAAGCCAACAAUCUCCCUUGUGAUAUUCAGGACGGUCAAAUUAUUCAGUUACCAUCUGUUUGGUUGAGUACUGCUGUUGGCUUCGCAUAUUCUACGAAAUUGCACGCACACAAACCAAUUGACAAAUCGAACAAUGAUCCGGAUUCUGAUGACAAGCAUGCGAGGCGAGUUUGGUUCAGUUUGGUCAUUAUGGAGAGAUGGAAUGCUGCAGUGAGAGCUUGUCCAAUACAAAUUCCAGAUUCGGUUGCACAAAUUUAUCCUGAUGAUCGAGCUAUAUUGGGUGAAGUUACAUACCAUUUAGUUCGUAUCGCCGUCGUUAUUGGAAACUACACAGAGGUUAAUCUUGCUACAAAUGACCUGCCGCCGCUCGCAGUUCAUCGUGGACUUCACUCUCGACUCCUCAAAACCCAACUCGAACUCGUACGUCAUGAGUUGAGUAAUUCUGGUAUCACACCGAUCGAAUCUCCCGUUCUUCAUAUCAAUUAUUGGUGUGCUUAUCUCCUUAUACUACUUCUUCAAGGACCACAAGAAGACGCCGAUGAACAAAUGAGAGCUACUCAUUAUAUUAUCAGCCAACUUUCUUUCAAUCCAGACCUUAAAUCUCCUCUAGUAAAUUACUACAAAUGUUUCGCAGCUCUCGCACUUCCAAAUCUUCUUCAAAUUGAGAAUACAAAGAAAGAGGCAGAAACUACAUUGAAAACUAUGUUAGAUGGUCGGCUUGCAUCUUCGUCUUGGGAUAAAGUGACAAUGGAAUUCUUGAUCGAUCAUUUGGGAGCGCAAAGAAGAGGAUCGAUUGGUUUGUCUCAAGGUCAAAGUCAAGGAGCGCAACAAGUUCCAAGUGCAGUGGUGAAUGCAAAAGUAGAUGACAAUCAACAUAUGAUUACGGCUGCAAAUCAAGGUCUUCAACGUUUGGCUGAUUUGGCAACAGCAGAGACGGAAGAUAGAGUAGAAGCUAGCAGUGGAGUUUCGACUGCGGAAACGGUGAGGAACGAUAAAGACGGAAGUUUCUCGAGUGGGGGGUUGAAUAAGGUAUAG